AUGGUUACAUUACUUGAAAAAUAUGGGUUUAAACCAACACAUGAAGCUAAUGUUGAAAUUUCUCAUAGAAGAGGAAAAAGUUCAAUUGAUCAAAGCACAAGAAAAAAUGAAGCGAAGUCAGAAUUUAAAAAACUUGAUUAUGAUGAUUUAGAAGAAAUAGAUUUUUUCCAAAUAAGGAAAUUCUUUGAAAGUCAUUCGUUGUUUUAUUCUGAUGAACAAAUUAAAAAAAUAUUAAAAAAAAAUUUAAUUACAGGAGAGCGAUUAAAUUUAUUAGAUUUUCAACAAUUUUAUGAAGAUAUAAAAGCUAAUUAUUUUAAUACACCACAAGAAUUUAAAACAACUCCAGUCAAAUGGUGUGAUAUUUUUGAAACACAAUUAAAAGAAGACGGAGUACCAAAUAAUUGCACUAAUUACACUAAUGGUGAUUUAACAAUACAACAUAAUAUUAAACCUAUGAAUUGUACAGUUACAACACAAAAUAUUAUUUCAGAAAAAGAAAUAAUUGGAGCAGAACAACAAUUAUAUUUAGGAAUGUUAUUAAAUUCAACUACAGAAGUUUGUUUAUUAAAUAAUAAAGUUGAAAUUCCUAAACAACAAGUAACACAAACUACUCAAUCAGAUGUUGAACUAAAUGAUGAACCAGAUACUAAAUUAUUAAGAAAACAAGCUAUAAUUGAUAUUAGAACAGUAAAAGGGAAUUUAUAUGAAAAUUAUAGUAAUGACAGUCAUAAAUCAAAUUCUAUUGAAAAAGUUAUUAAUUUGACUAAUCCAAAUGAUGGAGGAAUUACAUUUGUUAUGCAAAUUGAAGCAAGAUCUUUAGUUCAGUAUGAACCAUUUUUUGGAGAAUUUGCAAUUUAUGAAGUAAUAAAUGAAGGAGAAAGUAUAGUUAAAGUAACAGAGAAUUAUUUUGUUGAUUUAAAUACAGAAGAUAAUAAAAGAAUUGUAAGACAAAUUGAAAAAGAAGAUUAUGAAGGUACUACAUGUUGUAAAUUUUUAGUUAAAUUAAAAGGAAUUGAGUCAAAAGAAAGAAAGUUUUAUGGAGUAAUGUAUUUUUAUAAAAUGGCAGAACAAGACAUUGAAGACGCUAAAACAUUGUAUAAAGAUAAAACAGAAAAAAAAGAAUUUGAAAAAGAAAGAAAAGAAAAUGAAAAUAAAGAAACAGAAAUAAAAGAAAAUACCAACAGUAAUAAUGAUGAUGAUGGAAUUAAAAAAGAAGAUAAAAUUGAUAUUGAAGAAAUUAAAAAAGAAAGAAAGAAAAAAUUAGAAAAAAGAAAAGAACAAAUAUUUAAUAAAAGUGUUUAUAAAUUUUAUAAACAACAUAUUUUUACAGGAAUUACUGAAUUAAAAAGUGAAGAAAGAGGAUAUCCUCUUUGGAUGUAUAAAGAAAAUAUUCAUAAUGACAAUGAUUUAUUAAAAUUAAUUGAUAAAAUAUGUGGAGGAAAAGUUAGACCAAUUGGAAUUAAAACAUGGGAAUUAAGAGUAAUGAAAAUUCAAGAUACAAGUGCAUAUAGAGUAUUUGAUCCAAGUGGGUUUGAAUAUAAAAAAAAUCCAACAAGUGGAAGUAUAAAUACAUAUAUUAAACAAUUAGAAGAUUUUACACAAUUUAAUACAAAUCAAAUGUUUUUUACAGACUUUGUAAAUAAUAUAUAUAUUUAUCCUAAAGAAUUAACUAUUCAACAUGAAAAAAAGAAAUGUAGUUAUAUUAUUCAUUGUUAUAUUAGAAAAGAAGAUACUAAAUUUCAUAGAGAAGAUACUUAUCUUCCUUUAUUUUAUUCAGAAUCAAGUAUUAAACCUAUAUUUUUAAGAAAAGCAAGUACAAGUGUUUCUGUUAAUGCAAAAAAUGAUACAUUCUUAGAUGAAAUUAAAGCAAAAUUACCAAUUGUUUUAACUCCACAACACCAUUUAUUAUUUGUUAUUCAAGAAGUAUUAUUAACUAAUGAACAAAAUCUUCCAAUGGAAAAAAUGGUAAUUAAUUCAUAUUUUGCUUUUCUUCCAUUUAUUCAAAUGGGUAGAAUUAUUCAAAGUGGUGAACAAACAAUUCCAGUUUAUAAUGGUCUUCCUUAUGAAAAUUAUAUUACAACUAAACCAACUGAAACAGGAGAUAAAACAAAAACAAUGACAUUAACAUUUAAUUUAAGAGUUGUAUCAAAUAUUUAUACACAAAGUUCAAAUGUUCAUAGAUUAAUAAGUUCUAUUCAUACAAAUUAUAAAUCAUCAAAAAGUAUUGAAAAUGCAUUUACAGAAAUACGUGAAGAUAUUGAUAAAAAUCAUAAAUUUGAUAUGGAUUUAACACAUACAUUACCAAUAUUAGUUGAUCUUAUUCUUGGGUUAUUUAAAAAUGAUAAUAUUGAUAAAAAUCCUAUUUCAAGUCCAAGAAGUAUUAUUAAUUCACCAUUACAAAGAAGAAUAUCUUCAAAUUCUUUAAUAAAAGAAAAUGAACAAGAAAGUGGAAAUGCAUUUAAAUAUUUAAUAUUACUUUCUCAUUUAUUUGUAUGUGAUGAAUUUAAUAAUCCAAAAAGAGUACCAUUUGAAUUAUAUACAAAAUUUUAUUUAGAAAAUAAACCAAAUAAACCUGCUAUAUUUUUACCUUUAACUACUUCAUUAACUAAAUUCUUUUCUAAUUAUCUUAAUGCAAAAAAAAUUGGUAAAUUAGAUGGAGUAUUUGAAUUAAAAUAUCUUGAAACUACAUUAGAAAUGCUUCCAGUAUUUCUUAAAAUGAUAGAAAAAAGUUUAUUUAUUUAUUUAGAUGCUGCAAAAUUAUUAUAUCAAUAUGAUAAAAUUCAAAAUGAUGAAAAGUUUUGUGUUCCUUUUAAUAAUCAAUUAAAAGUAUUCUUUAAAUGUUUUGCUCAAUAUUUAAGACAACGUGUUGCUUCAAGAGCAACAACUUAUAUUUAUAGUAGUAAUAAUGCUAUUGCACAAUUUUUAUUAAUGUUAAUAAGAGGAUAUUCAAGAAAAACAGCUAUGGAAUGUUUAGAUAUUUAUAUUUCUACUUUAUGUUGUGUUGAAGAUUCUGAAACUGAAACAAUAUUUCUUUCUCAUGAAAAAGUAUCAAAAAAAAGUGUAAUUAGUUCUAAAUUAGAUGCUCAGUCUUUAAAAAAUUGGAAAAACGUUCAAAUUUUAAAAGUUGAUGUUUUAAAACAUUUAUCUCAAUUUACUUAUUUCUAUGAAUGCAAUGCACCAAGAAUUACAUCAGUUAUUCAUAUUAGUGAUUAUUAUACUACUGCAUUUUCUCAUCAUUUUUUAGCAGCAUAUAUUCAAAGACAAUAUCUUCAAAUGUUAAGAACAAAUGAUUGUGUUUGUAGAUUAGCAUUAUAUUCUAUGAUUGGAGAUGCUGUUAAAUUAGAUUUAGAUCCAAGACAUCAACAACCACAUGAAAAAGCAGCAAUUUCAGAAUUUUAUGUAUUUUUUAUUGAUUAUAUUAUUGUUCAUGCAGAACAAAUUAUUAAAUUUUGGAGAAUUGAAUUAGAUGAUGAUCUUAGUAAAGAUGAUUCUGAAGAUGAUACUCUUGAUCAAACAGAUUCUGAAGAUGAUAGUAAUACACCUUUUCUUACUCCAGUUAUGACACCUCAAAAUUCUUCUUCUAGACUUACAACUCUUCCACAAUCAUUUACUGCUCCACCACUUCAAUUAGCAGCAAGAACAUCACAUUCAUUAUCAAAAGGAGUUAUUAAUACUAAAAAAAUACAAAAAAGUAUAGAUUUAAAUGAAAUAAGACAUUUUUAUUUAUAUCUACUCUGGAUUUUAAAAAAUAUGGAUUUAAGAACAUUAAUUAAUUUAAUUAAUAAAGACUCACCUGAACGUAUUGCUAAUUUAUUAAAAAUUCUUCAAGUAGCAUUAAAAUAUAUUGGAGAUUUAAAUUUUGAUGUAGAACCAUUAUUUAGAAAUAUAAAUGAAAUGCAAAAAGAUGCAAGACAAGUUGUAUUUAAUGUAAUUUGUUCAGAAACAAGUAAUUCAAAUAUAUCAAUAUUAAGUAAUCUUCAUGAUGUUUCAGAAUCAUAUGAUUCAUCAGUCCUUGAAGAUAGAGGAAUGAGUAAUAGUAAUGUUGUAGACAGUGCGUUAUUAGUUAUAUUAGAAAUAAUUAUGCAUUGUUUUAAUAAAAGAUUUUUAUCAUCAGGAAAUGAAGUUAUGAGUGAAUUAACAAAAUUAAUAAUUUCAUCAUUUACAGUAACUUCAGCACCAACAUUUUUUAAAUAUUUUAUGGCGUUUAUUAGAAAAAUUGUAAUAGAAAAUUCAGAUUAUUUAUUUGUUCAAAACCCAACAUUUUGUUAUGAUUUAAUUAAUGGUAUUAUUGGAUUAUGUGGUAGUUCAUCACCAUCAACAAGAAAGAAUGCUACAUCUGUAUUAUAUCUUUUUGUUAAAAGUAAUUUUGAAAGAGAUGAAAAUGUUAAUUGUGUUAAAAUUCAUAUUACUAGUUCAUUAGCAUCAAGAAAACUUCUUCCAGAAGAAGAAAGUAAUGUACAAUCAUCAAUUGCCAAAUUAAAACAAUGGAUUUCAUUAGAUUUUGCAGAAGAUAUUAUUACUAAAGUUAAAGAAAAAGAAAUUAAUCAAAAUGAAGAUCGAUAUGAUAUUUAUCGAAGAAAAGUAAUAGAAAAAAGAAUUGAAUUAUUAAAACUUAUUGAAAAUCAAAAGUCUAUUAAUGAAGGUAUUUGGAGAUCAAUGAGAAGAGUUGUUAUUUAUCUUGAAGAAAGAUGGAGUAUUGAUAUGACAUCAGAUAUUGAAGAAACACUUGAAAGAAUUAAAAAUGAAAUUGGAAUACGAGUUAAAAAUGAAGAAAAAGCAGAAGUAUUAAGAACAUGUAUUGAUUAUCAAUUAAAUGAUUUCUUAGAUAUUAUUAAAACAAUUCUUGGAAGAUUAAUGAUAGAAAAAAGAAGAGAUGAAUUUGUUGUUAUAAAACAACAAUGUUUAAAUAAACUUCAAAAAGUAUUAAAAGAAAUAAAAGACACAUAUUUUAAAUUUAGAUUAAUUCAAGUUGAUUUUCCUAUUAAACAAGAAGAUGUAGAAAAAAUUGUUGAUAGUGUUAUUGAAUUAUAUGAAAUUAGAAAUGAUACAUUAGAUAGUGAAAUUAAUGCAAAAACACAAACACAAAAAAAUACUAAAGAAUUUGAAGAAUUACAACAAAAAGAUAGAACAUUAAUAUGGGAAGAAUAUUGUAAAGUAUUUGAACAUCUUGAAGAGAAGAAUGAAGUAAAUAAUAAUAAGAAUGUUGGUGAAAAUUUAGAAGAAAUUGGUAAUGGACUUGGUGUAUUAGAAAAGCUUAUUAAAGAAAAAAAAGAACAAAUGAGAAAAGAAGAUGAAAGAAAAAAUGGAAUUAAUGUAUGGGAAGUAUUAUAUAAACAAUGGGAAACAAUUUUACCAAAAACCAUUAAUCUUUUUAAUCAAUUAAUUGAAUUACAAAAGAGUAUUGUUGAAUAUGAAAAAAGUCAUAUUGAAAUUACAAGACAUAGUCAUGAACAAUUAGCUUCUGCAGAAGAACUUAUUAAAGUUUAUGAAUGGUGUCUUGGAGUAGAUGAAAUUAAAACAUAUGAAAUGGGAGGAGAUAUAAAUAAAAUCAUUGAAAGAGCAGAAGAAUUAAUAAAACAAAUACCAGUUAUUGAGAAAUCAAUGCAAUAUGUUACUGAAAAAUAUACAAAAGAUAGAGAAAGUUAUAGAUCAAUAAAAUUAAUUAUGGCACCAUUAAAAAAAGGGAAAGGAAUAUUUGAUCAAGUAAUAAAUAAAGAAACUAUUUUACAAGAUGAAGCAUUACUUGGAGAAAAAUUAUUUGGAGAAUUAUAUAGAAGAGCAGCAAAUAUGGGAUCAUGGAAACAAGUGUUAAUUAAAAAUUAUAGCAGAAUUCAAGUUAUUCAAAAAGAAGAAAGAAGUAAAAAUGAAAAAAGAAAUGAAUAUUCUAAAUAUGUUAAAGUAAUUGUUAAAGCAAUACAAAAAGGACAAAUAACUAAAGAAUUAUUAACAGUUGCAGAAAAAGCAAAAGAAUUAUCACAAGGAGAUGAUGAUAUUCAAAAAUUAUGUGAAGUAAAUGAUUUAAAAUUAAUUCAAGAAUAUAGUAUGAAAGAUGAAACAUUUGCAUUAUCAAUUGGUCUUAAAAGAGAAACAGAAAAAGAUAGUACAAUUAAAACUUUUAAAGAAAAAUUUAUUGAUGAAAUUGGAUUAUUAGAACAAUAUGUUAAAAUGAUUUUAGAUGAUCUUAGAAGUCUUAGAGAAAUGCUUAAAGAACAAAGUGCAGAAUUAAUUAAUGAAAAAUAUCUUUCUAUUGCAGAAAAAUAUAAAGAAAGUUUAGAAUUACAUCUUACAUGGUAUGAGAAAUUAAUUGUUAAUCAAGAAAAAAGAGAUAAUUUUGUUGAAGCAGGAGUUGCAUGUGUUCAUAUUAUUAAUUCAGUUUAUAAUGUACUUAGAAAAAAUAAUAUUAUUAAAAUCGAUUUAAAUAUUGAUUGUCUUAAAGAAAUUACUGUUGAUUUCUUUAAUGUAUUUAAUUCUAGUUAUUUAAAUAAUUCUAGAUUUUUAAAUCAAAGGUUCUUAUUAAAAAUGGUAAUUCAAGCCGCUGAUGCAUUUAAAAAACAAAAUUUACAACAUUAUGCUAUUACUUUAUUUAAUUUUAUUAUUCCUUAUUGUGCUUCAACUCAUGAUUUUAAAGCAUUAUCUGCAUGUCACUCAAGUGUUACAGAAUUGUAUCAACAAAUUAUUGAAUUAAAUACUUAUGUUGGAUUCUUUUAUAGAGUAUCAUUUUAUGGUCAAGCAUUUACAAAUAUUUUUGAACAACAAAGUGAUGCUUCAGUAAAUACUAAUAAUAAAACACAGAAUUUAUUUGAAUAUGUUUAUAGAAGUUCAUUAAGAUCAGGUGAAUUUGUUGAAUUUAUGAAAAAUUCAUAUAAACGAACACCAAGAUUAAUUUUAUUAACAAAAAGCCUUUCUAACUUAGAACAAUUAAAUAAAGAUGAUAAUUAUAUUUUUGUAUCUUCUGUUUCUCCAUGUACAGAAGAAAAAAAGAUUAUUGAUAAAUUUAUUUCAACAAAUACAUUUGCAAGUGAAAUAUCAUUUACUCUUGACGGUGCUAAAUUAGAUGAAUUAUCUAAAGUUUGUAAAAAAAGAACAAUUAUGACAACAAAGAAAAACCUCCCUUCUGUUCUUGAAAGAGAACCUAUUAUUUUUACAGAAGAAGUUAUUCUUACUCCUAUUCUUUCUUGUAUGGAUGAUAUUGAAAAACAAAUUGAAAAAGUGGCUUUGAUUAUUGAAAAUCCUAAUUCUAUUGCUAAUAAAAUUCCUCAACUUCAAAGAUUAUUAAUGGGUAUUCUUUGUGCUAAUGUUAAUGGUGGUUUAUUUGCUAUUUGUAAUACUUUCUUUAGUGAAGAAAAUAUUAAUAAAUAUUCUGCUGAAGAUGUUGAUAAUUUAUAUACAAUGGUUAUGAGAUUAGUUGAUCUUUGUAAAACUGGACUUGCAAUUCAUAAAUCUUCAAUGAAAUUGGAAUUCGCUAACUUACAAAAUGUUAUGGAACUUGGUCUUGUUUCUAUUGAAAAAGCUCUCAGAGAAAGUGGAAUGAUUGUUGAUGCUUAUGUAAGACCAAUUACAGAAGAAGAAAAAUAA